CUGCUGCCUGUCACCGCAGAAUAAAAGUAGGAUCCGCUCAUGACUACAUGCAACCAAAAAGCUUGUUUCUUAACUGGGUGAAUUGUCAUUGAGAGAGAGUUGUCUAUCGGUGAACCGAACGGGCAGAAUGUCACGACGGGACCAAAGGUUUCGGAGGGGAAUGAAGGGACGGUGUUGUGAAUGUGGCUGCAUCCUGUCUCACUGGUACUAUGAGAGAGAGGGACGGCUCUACUGUAAGAAGCACUACUGGGCCCGCUAUGGAGAGCACUGCCACGGCUGCAAAGAGACCAUCGCAACAGGACUCAUUAUGGUUGCUGGAGAGCAAAAGUACCACCCUGAAUGCUUCACUUGUGUGAGCUGUGAAAUGUUCAUUGGAUAUGGAGACACCUACACGCUCGUCGAACGCACAAAACUCUACUGUGGCCACUGUUUCUGUCAGGAUGUAGUCUCAUCUGUGAGUUCAGCUUCUGCACUCACCAAGAGUCCCCACUUGGUGGCGCUGGUGUCUCUCCCUCCUGAUGCAGGUGGCCUACGAGCCCUGAAUUUCACCACUGACUUCAGCCAAGAGAAAGGCCCUCUUGUCACUGUGACAGGGUUAGACACAGCUGCCCUCAGCCCUGACCUGCUGUCCUCAGUCCACAAUGGUGACCGAGUACUAGAGGUCAACGGCAUCCCGAUCCACAACAUUUCCCCGGACGAGAUAAACAGUGUGAUCCAGGACACAAGCAGACCACUGCAGCUGACCAUUGAACACAACCCGCAGUCUCCCGAUGAUCUCCUCCGCUCAAACAAUCCCCUGGACGACAUCAGCUCUCAUGACCCCUGUGUCCGGGACAAACUUUCUUCAACCCACAAACUCCCAAGUCUGGAGGAAGAGCCAAGUCCAGGGGAGGAGACUGAUGAACCAAUCAGGAUGAGCCUCUCACCUCCUCAGCACCAAGGAACAAUGGGAAUGAGAUCCAGACAUAUUCUUCGCAGCUGUAGUAUAGAUAAGUGUCCUCUGUCUUCUGGGGCACUGUCUCUUCUAUCUCAGAGGAGAGAGAUGGUUCGCUCAGAGUCUCUUCGUGUGGACCCUGGAGAUCGGACCCAUCGCAUCUUCAGACCUUCGGACCUCAUCCAUGGAGAAGUGCUUGGCAAGGGCUUCUUUGGACAGGCUGUCAAGGUAACGCAUCAGGAGACAGGGGAGGUGAUGGUGAUGAAAGAGUUGAUACGUUUUGACGAAGAGACACAGAAGACUUUCUUGAAGGAGGUGAAGGUGAUGCGCUGUCUGGACCAUCCCAAUGUCCUCAAGUUCAUUGGACUGUUUUAUAAAGACAAACGAAUAAACUUUGUCUCUGAAUACAUCCAGGGAGGAACUCUGCGAGAGACCAUCAUAAAAAUGGAUGACGAUUUCCCCUGGAGCAUAAGAGUGAGUUAUGCCAAAGACAUUGCAGCUGGAAUGGCCUAUCUACACUCCAUGAAUGUUAUCCACCGAGACCUAAAUUCAUACAACUGCCUGAUCCGAGAGAACCAGUCUGUGGUGGUGGCAGAUUUUGGACUAGCCAGGCUGGUAUUAAAGGAGAAGAAUCAGAGCAGAGUAUCCUCAAUGGUACAGCCCGGGAAGGGGACAUUGUCAGAGCUCCGCAGGCCUGACAGGAGGAAGCGCUACACCGUGGUAGGAAACCCCUACUGGAUGGCCCCUGAGAUGAUCCGUGGUAAAAGCUAUGACGAACGGGUGGACAUCUUUUCCUUUGGUAUCAUGAUAUGUGAGAUAAUAGGUAGAGUGAAUGCUGACCCUGACUACCUUCCCCGGUCAAAUGACUUUGGGCUAAAUGUAGCUGGUUUCCUGCAGCAGUACUACCCUCCACAGUGCCCCUCGGCCUUCCUGCCCCUGGCUGUCCUCUGCUGCGACAUGGAAGCGGAUAAACGUCCUUCCUUUUUGAAGCUGGAGGAGUGUCUGGAGAACCUGCUGAUGCAUCUGAACAUCGGCCUGCCUCUGCUCUCUGAGUUAGAGCAGCAUCGCAGAGCAUUCUGGCAGAAUCACAACCAUCAAACCCCCUCUCACAACCAGGACAAGACCCUGGAUUCUCAUGAACAAACCCACCAGCCACAGAGACAGAGCUCCGACCCCAUGCAACAUUUAGACAAUGCGAAUAACCACAUAGAGCCUAAUCACCUCACUCAGAGCCUAAACCAAAACAGCAAAGCUGAAAGCCAUUUGGACGGAGAGCAACACACACAUGGCCUCACAUGUGACAGGUUGAUGAACAUAGACCCAGACGAGAAUGGGUCUGAAACCUAUGAAUUCAAUAACCCCUCAGGACAACUAAAAGCCGAGGACGAGCCCUUACAACCGCUCCAGGUCAACAACUCGCUGCUAGGUCGUUCUAACAGGCUCAGAAGGACAUCCAGAGUGCUGUGGGACAGAUCUACAGAGGACAGCUCUUUUCUCUGACUGCACAGCACAUUCUGAGGGAGAAAACUAUUUAUGAAGACAUUUGUGCCUUUUAAAACAACUAGGAGAGAAGUGAGAGAUUAAUAAAAUGGUGUAUGGAAGAUUAAUGCAUGGAGAACCCUUCAGAGGCAUAAAAAUGGGAUUCUAUAAUUAAUAAUUAAGCCUUUAUUAGUCCCACAAUGGGGAAAUUCAGUUCUCUGCAUUUGACCCAUCCCGGAGGAGCAGUGGGCUGCAAUGAAGCGCCCGGGGAGCAAUUUUGGGGUUAGGUGUCUCGCUCAAGGACACCUCGGCAUGUUGCCUGUAGAGGGGUUCGAACCACCGACCUUGUGGUUGCGGGUCAAGCGCUCUACCUCAUGUGGGAUAGUACUGCAUGAAAAGCAGUUAAUAUUUGUAUGCUGCUUAAUGAAAACUGUCUAGCACAUUACAUUUGCCUCAUAUUGCUCUGUGAACAAGUAUUUAUGUUGUUUCAACUAGAGUCCAACCAAUGCUGGAUUUAGUUGAUUCCCAAAUUGACAUUUCAAAGUGCGAUAUUGAUUCAAUAGCAGUACCUUGGUCCGUAAUUAUUCAUUAACAUAAGCACAUAAGACACAACAGAAACAAGCAUUUUCAAUAAGAAAAGUUUGGCAGUGCUCUCUUGGAGGACAGGCUUUGGUAAUGGCAACACUGUUUCUUAAUUACCUCUUAUGUCAUAUCUUUGGCAUUUUAGUGCUAGAGUUUAUCUUUACUUAUCAGCCAACAUCCAAGAUGAUGCUCGUAAAAAUUGGUCGGCCAAUGUAUCGGUUGGGCUCCAGUGUCAACUUUGUCAAGAAACUGUGAAACAUAUGGCACUUUAUACUUAAAGCUACAGUGCAUGGGUCAAGUAUUUAUGAGAAUACCUUUUGUAUUUUCUUUUGAAAUGUUUACGCCCACAUUUAACAUUCUGAGCAGUGUAUAUAAAUGUACAACUGUAACUUAAUAAAGAGAAAUAUA